GAAUAUGUUCGUAAACAUAUGAUAACAACAUUUGGAUUGUCUUUAAUAGAACUGCUGCAGUAUCUUCAUCUUUCUUAAAUCGAAUAAGUUACGGCUGGUGCUAUUAACUUUUUAAAAAUUUGAGUCAUUUAAUUAAACAUCGUAGAUUACUUUUGAAAAUCUUUAUCCAAAUCCGAUAGCAACACCCAUUAAUUUUUAUUGCAUUCACUCAGUUAUUUUUCAUUUUGAAAUUGUACAAAUACAGUAAAUAUGACUAGUCUAAAUUCUAUAGUUUGUGUAGUGCUUCGUGGACAAUUUAGGAUACAUAAGAAAAAUGUGCUUCAAUCAGCUUCAACAUCUUUUCUACAUCGUAGAGGGAUAUAUACAGUUGAUGUCGAAAACAAAGAUCCAACAUUUGAUAAAAUACUCAUAGCCAACAGAGGAGAAAUUGCAUGCAGGAUCAUAAGUACAGCAAAAAGGAUGGGAAUUAAAACUGUAGCUGUUUUUUCCGAAGCUGAUAUUCAUUCGAAACAUGUUAAAAUGGCAGACGAGUCAAUCUUCAUAGGCCCUGCGCCUGCUAAGGACUCCUACUUGGACGUUGCCAAAAUAAUAGAUGCCGUGAGAAAAUCUGGUGCUCAAGCAGUGCAUCCUGGUUACGGGUUUCUAUCCGAAAAUUCAUCUUUUGUUCAACUAUUGGAGGGCGAGAACAUAACCUUCGUAGGUCCAUCCGCUGAAGCAAUAAAUGGAAUGGGAGAUAAAUUAGAGUCGAAGAGGUUAGCGAUGGCUGCCGGAGUGAAUACCAUCCCUGGAUUUGAUGGGAUUAUAAAAGAUGCCGAGCAUUGUGUUGAGAUAUCCAAAUCUAUAGGGUAUCCUGUGAUGAUCAAAGCUUCCGCGGGUGGAGGCGGGAAGGGAAUGAGGCUUGCCAGAAAUGAUGACGAAGCCAGAGAGGGUUUCCGAUUGUCAACGCAAGAAGCGCUGUCUAGUUUCGGUGACAGUCGAAUGCUGGUGGAGAAAUUCAUCGAUAAUCCUCGGCAUAUAGAAAUACAAGUGUUGGGAGACAAAUACGGCAAUGCUAUUUAUUUGUACGAACGAGAAUGUAGCAUACAGAGGAGGAAUCAAAAAGUUAUAGAGGAGGCACCCAGUACCUUUUUGGACCAAGAAACAAGAAGAUUGAUGGGCGAACAAGCUGUAGCUUUAUGUAAAAAGCUAGGGUAUUCUUCAGCUGGUACAGUGGAAUUUUUAGUCGACAGUAAUCGAAAAUUUUAUUUCUUGGAGAUGAACACCAGACUGCAAGUUGAACAUCCAAUUACAGAAAGUAUUACAGGUGUCGAUCUUGUUCAACAAAUGCUAAAAGUUGCUAAAGGGCAUCCGUUAAAUAUAAAACAACAUGAUAUUAAAAUUAACGGUUGGGCACUAGAAAGCAGAGUAUACGCUGAAGACCCGUACAAAAAUUUUGGUUUACCCAGCAUUGGUAGAUUGUAUAAAUAUAUAGAGCCAGCCCAUCUGCCAGGUGUUCGUUGUGAUAGUGGAAUCGAAGAGGGUAGCGAAAUCAGCCUAUAUUAUGAUCCGAUGAUUUGCAAACUGAUAACCUACGGCAAGGAUCGUGAUGAAGCUAUAAAAAGGAAUAUAAACGCGUUAGAUUCCUACGUCAUACGUGGCGUUAUUCACAAUAUUCCUUUGCUCCGCGACAUCCUUACCGAAAAUAGGUUCGUCAAAGGCGACAUAAGCACCAACUACCUGCCCCAGGUUUACCCCGAGGGCUUUAAGGGAAGAACACUUAACGAAAGAGAUACGGAAAAGCUCGUCGCUAUAGCAUCCGCGCUGUACAUUACACAACAGUUGAGGAACAGAAUGUUUUUAAACGUACCAAUAAUGAAAAAACACGAUAAAAUGUUCGAUACGUGCGAACUGCUCGUCUCAUUUCUUGAAAAAAAUAUUUCUGUUGUUGUUAAGAGAAGAGAAAAUAAAUUCUUUGUGGAAAUUGGUGGAAAGGAGUUAAAACUAGAAGGCGAUCUUAAUCUGGCCAAACCGAUUUUAUCUACCAUUAUUAAUGACGAAGAAAUGCUGAUACAAUUGGCUUCCAAAGAUUCUGUAGGAAAUUUUGAAUUCAUAUAUGCAGGUACGUCGUAUAAAAUUCGAGUGUUUACAAAAUUGGUUGGGGACAUGUUGCACCUGAUGCCUCAGAAGCUCCAGCUGGAUGCGUCAAAAUUAAUUAAAUCCCCAAUGCCGGGUCUUGUCAAAACCAUUUCCUGCAAAGUUGGUGAUUUUGUGACAGAAGGUCAAGAAUUAUGCGUCAUUGAGGCUAUGAAAAUGCAGAAUUCAAUAACAACUACCAGACAGGGAAAGGUGAAAGGUGUAUUUAUCAAGGAAAAGGACACAGUGUCUGAUGACGAUGUAUUAGUCGAACUGGAAUAAAACAUAUUUUUUAGA